CAACUGUAGUCGGUGAAAAUGAAAAACAACGACACGACCUGCACAACACUCACAGUCACACAGAAGUAGCUAGUUCUUGGUGUAGUGCAGCACAAUAAAAAGCGACAGGAGUACAGUGUAUCAAUUUGACACGUGUUAGCACGUACGGCAAGAUGCGGGUGGGUUUGCUAGGUGCGAUUGGAUUGGCACACCUGUGUCCUAGUUCUGUGCAGUUUCUUCCCGUGGUAAAUGGUGCGGCGCUGAGCAAAAUCGAAGCUCUUAAAGCACGAAGUCGGGUCAACAGCAGAAAGAGAAUCGCAAGAAAAGCAGUCACGGAAAAAGCGACGGGACAAGGUGGCAAAAAGGAUUGCACCUGCAAAAAUGGCGAGCCCUCAGCGUUCUGUGAUGAAUAUCCGGGUAAAGUGUCGUCAACGUCGGCCGCGCAAAGUGACAUGUUGAAGCAACUGUUUGGCAGCGCGGCGGUUGAAGCUACGGAAAGCGAGGACAACUGCCAAAGCUGCGAUACAGGGUUUCACCUUAACCAUCUCCGCACAGACUAUUUUCGCGAAGAUCCGGUUGCGGCUGGCAUGAUGGGCGGGGGAGAUCCGAGUAUGGAUCCGAUGGCAGAGGGCGGAGAUCCAAUGGCAGAAGGCGGAGAUCCGAUGGCAGAAGGCGGAGAUCCAAUGGCAGAGGGAGGAGAUCCCAUGGCAGAGGGCGGAGAUCCGAUGGCAGAGGGCGGAGAUCCAAUGGCAGAGGGAGGAGAUCCCAUGGCAGAGGGCGAAGAUCCGAUGGCGGAGGGAGAUCCGAUGGCAGAAGAUGAUCCGAUGGCAGAGGAUGAUCCGAUGGCGCAGGGUGCCGAAGACGAGAUGCAGAUGGGAGAGCCUUCCGAAAGCGAGUCCAUGCCCGAACCAGCAGCGCAACACGAGGACCCGCAUGCAGCUGCUACACCUCCUGGUGCGAAGGCACAGGAUACGGAGGUGCCAGCUCGUAUGCCUGCUCCCCCGCCAGGAUCCAAACAAGAGGCGGAGGAAAUUUUAGUGGCCGGGGGGCGCAAGCAGCUCAAGCGAGGGAGUCUUCACUCCGGAGGUCAGCACGCCGGCCGACUCGCUGGUGCCGCCAAGGCUCUGCAAAAGCAGAAGCUGCGUGAGCGAGCGCGCGCCGCGAGUAAGAUGAAAGCAUUGAAAAAACAGAUGCAGAAGAAGAGAAGCGCAAUGCAAAAAGCGAUGGCGCGAAAGCGAAAAGCCACUCUCGCGCGCACCAUGAAGAAGGCGGCCGCCAACCACCCCACGAUUGCAGCAAGCACGAAGCACGUCGACAGCAAGCAUCCUCCCAUAACACGGCACCUCGUCCCGUCAAAGCAAGGCCAAGGCACUAAACCGCCGCAGCAAAUGUCAGCGUUCUUUCAGCAGCACAAACCGUCCGCGAGCUACGUGAAGAAAUUACCGCUGUUCUUCCAGAAGCUGUUUUUUGGACCUCUUUCUCCAAGGAUGAGCAAGAUCGGGCAACAUCAAAGCCCCCUAUCGCCUUCGCUAACCGCCAAGCUUCUGCUGCAAAGCCAGCGGACCACCAAAAGCAAGAAGCGGCUCGCCCAGGGCACCGGACACGCGAUCGACUACCACACCUGCGAACCGAACACGUGUGUGUGCGACAACGGCACACCUAUGUCCCCUUGUCUACUAGACGGUGACGAGCGAUGUGAGAGCUGCACUUACGGGUUCUACCUGGAUGGCUCUGCCCAGUGCAAACCCAAUGCCUGCGUCUGCGAAAACGGGCGGGCCGCAACCCACUACGAGUGCCCGGCGCACGCAGCAACCUACUGCAGCGACUGCCAGCCAGGGUACCACUUAAAGAACGCCAACUACUACAUGUACUACUUCUACGGCAUUCCCCCCACCUGUGAACAAAACGAGUGCUACUGCCAGUACGGCAACGGUGCGGUGGGCGCCUCCUGCCCGAAGGACAAGGACGAGGUGUGCGCAUCCUGUUGGACGGGGUUUCACCUGGAUGGCAACACGUGCCAGGAGAACGCGUGCACCUGCGAGCACGGGGUGGCGGCGAACCGGUGGUACUGUCCCCGGCACGGCGCGGAAUCUUGCCUGUACUGCACGGACCCGGGGUUCUACCUGGACAAAACCGACUUCACGUGCAAACAAAAAAUCUGCACUUGCAAACACGGCGAGGCCGCCAAAGGGUAUGACUGCAUUGAGCACGGGUCCGAGCAGUGCGUGGCUUGUGUGGAGCCUGGAUUCGAGCUCUGCCCCUCCACGGCAGAACUCACCGACCCCAGUACGCAGCCACAAACCUGUGAACCGGUGUCCGGAGCCACUCCGCCGAAGACGGGGGGAGAGGAACCGGAGCAGCCCGCCGUGGAACCGCCCAAACCCCCAGCAGAAGAGGAGGAGGGCGCCGAGGAGGAAGCCGAGACGUCCGAGGAGGAGGAGGAGGAAGGAACGGAGCCAGACGAGGAAGGGGAACCUGCACCAGCAGAUGAGGGGGAGACUGAAGAAGAAGAAGAAAGCAGUCCGUAUUUCAGAACCGAGGGUGUGUGCCGGGCGGAUGGCAGUCCCGACGGAGACAAGGGCGAAUUCGAGCUUGUCAAAGACAUCACUGCGGAAGACAAAUGCGCCGAGUUGUGCGACGAAAGCUACGAGAAGGACCCCAUCAAGGGCUGCCAGGCAUACGAGUGGUCGCAGCCGCGGUCGGAAUGCGAAUUGCACACGACACGGAUUUAUCGUGUGCAAAUAAUGAUGCUAACAGGGAGAUCAGGGAAAACGUAACUACACUUGCGGCAUUGUACAUUUUGGCGUGCUGCGUGAACGUGAUCCGAUUCCUUGCAUCAACACGGCUUCAGAACUACAAGCUGACAGUAACAGUGCUCUCUGUGGAAGCUGACAGCUACAGUGCCUGUUCAUCAUGAGCUUUCUAAAAUCGCUGUCGUUGACACUGUCCGCAAGGCAAAACAAUAACACGUAGACGUAGCAUGAAAUACCUAAAACUUUGUUUCCUUUGACUCUCAACUUGCAAUAUUUUCACUGCAUAAGGUCACACACGUGCUUCAGAUUGGGGAGUGGGGCACCGUCUUCUGCUAUCCCGCUGUGUAAAAACAACGCCACCUCGCUUGCCAGUCAGGAUAGAGGAAAUAUCGUCUCUGUGUCCUCGUUGCACUUGCUUGCGCUCCUUCUUGGUUAUGAACAGUAUUGGGCUUCCUAUCAGUAUCAAAGAAUCGGAUCCCAUCAGUGUAGUUGCGCUUUGUGGUGUGCUGCCAGCUAUGAAUCCAUUUGCAUUUCCAUAUCCCAUGCGCAUGCGCAAGCCUAACAAACAUAUUUCGGAGGGCAGAUCAUGAGUGAUUUGCAUCGGAUCAGCAACUACUUACGUCGAGAUGUAGUGCGGUUGCGGAGACGUUUUUACGCAGGAUAUCUGUGCUCCCCGCACCUUCCCGUACGUGAAGCACGAAGGCGCCUGCGCAAUCGACAUUAGCAUUAAGGGGACGGAUGCGGAACCGGAGGUACUCGAGGAUAAAACAGAGGACGACUGCAUGACGGCCUGCGACGAGCGGAACACUGUGGCGCGAGACGCCGACGCAGUACAAGGCGAAGGAGGGUGUUUCGGAUACGAGUACGACAUAUCCCGCAAAAAACGAAAAAAGAACUGCUUCACGUUGAUUUACUUAUUGGUCUGUAAUGCGCCGCGCGGAACGAGAUCUGUCAUAGACCUUUUUCCGCGCGACGACUCAUGUCAUGUAUUUACCGUGCCUUUUGUACUGCAACUGCAUCACUACCUGAGAAAUUCUGAAGUAGUGAUGCAGUUGCAGUACAAAAGGCACAGAAACAACUUAUUAGGUGAAGCAUUCCUUUUUCGGGCCAUACGGCGAGGAAGACAAGCAAUGCGCUCUGAUGAACUCCGCCAUCGUCGACCCGUCCGAGGUCGGGGAACACGACCCGAAAGAAGACGAGGGGAAAACAUGUUCCCGAAAGACCGUGCCCUUCAUCGUCAUGCCCGGAAGCUGUGACGGCUCGUCCCCGGAGGGCAUGCUGCAGGCGAAAAAGAAAGCGGAGGAAGCUGCACUCAACAAGCAGUACCCCAUGUCCGGUGCCAAAGUCGAUCAGCAAGAGCAGGGAGCUGUAACCCCCGGAACUACAACAGCAACAUCUUCUGGUGCAGCUGACAAGGAUGACGUUACGGCCAAAAUGUUGAGGGAGGCUGCAGCGAAAGCGGCAGCAGCACUCGCGAAAUCCCGCAUCGUGGUCGACAAGCAUGAGGCGCUGACCAAACCGAUCCAGGAAGAAAAAGUUGGUCCAGAAGUUCAACCAGUAACGGCAGCUCCAGUGAUAUCCCGUUGAAACAAUAACUCGGAUCACCAUUUUGCUCACAGGGAAGGAUAAAGAAUAUCUUCUUGCAUUUUUGUGACGUGGCAAGGUGAUGUUGGUACUCUUUAUUUUCAUGCCGUCUGGCUAAAUAUCAUGAUGUUGUUUGCUAGGAAACGCCAUUCCCAUUGCCUCUACCCGCAUGAAAGAAUGCGAACGUAAAGAAGGCCAAAAAAGAAAAAAGAUGAAAAUAACAAGCCUCGUCUUGACACAAUGUCACUGAAGGAGAAGAACACAAAAACAAAUCUUUAACUUUUUUACAAAGUUGUGACCGUGGGCGGGAGGUGAUUAAUUUGUUUUGCUUCAUACGGUCGCGAUCCCGUCGGGGUCCCGCCAGUUCCUAGCGGGGUGGUGGUUCCGGAGAUCGAAAAGGGCGCGAGCGAGCGAAAGAAGGAACAGGAAACCACGCAGGCACACACUAUCAACGCAGCGUUGACCGAAUUGCAGCAAGCAGGCUUGAAGCUGAGUCCCGCUGCCGUUGCGGAACUGCACCAGCUAGAAAAAGCCGGUGCGUUGGAGCGCCUGGAUUUCCAGAGCAUCGCACACUUGCUCGAGGAUCUGAACAAGACGCCCGCUAGCGAAAAACCCGGGUCGGAGGUGAGUCCAACGGUACUUGCUGAAACACUGCGCGGCCACGCAAAGGUGAAGAAAUCGUCAGCUAGGAAAACCUCGAGGAACCACUUGACUUUGGCACACCGUCGCCCCGCCAAGAAAGUUGCACGCUCUCGUCACCCAUCUUCACCGACGUCGUUGAAGAAGUCCAACGGCAGGACCCACAAAAAGUCUGUGAAGCUUCUUUCCAAGAAGCUAAAGCGGGCAGGGUCCUCCAGAAAAGCACGGAAGACAAGAAGCAAGUCCAAACUCACAUCGACGUCCAAAAAAUCAAAGAAAGCCAGGAAGAUGAAAAAGGCGAAUAAAAAGCUGCACAAGAAGAGCAAGCACAUGGCUAAGAAACACAUGAUGAAGCCAAGCAAGCGCCAGCCGCUGGCCUUCCUGGAGGUGGCCAGCGAAGAAAACAAGACGCCAAUUAGAGCGUUUGCGAAGACGGGUAAGGCGAAGCCUAUCUCAUCUUUGGCAACAAAAGUUGCAGGCACACGAGCUGCAACGUCCCGCUCCCGCGGACGAAAAACGAGACACAGUAAGAAGCAGCUCCCGACGGGCAGAACUACUGCAUCAGGUCGCAAUGGUAUGUCGGACCUGCGCAGGCGGUUGGCUCAACGGGUCGCUGACGCGAAGCAGAAAAUGCAAGCACAAAGAAACUCUACUGCAAGUGGAAGUCCCGCAAUGGUGACCAAGACGUCGCAGCAGACGCAGACGAGCACAGUGACUGUGAAAAAGAGCGCAGCUGCAGCUGCAUCUACAACUUCUUCAACAUCCGCCGUUGGAGGAAAGAAAAAGGAUGACGACGAUGACGAGGAACUCGAGGCUGAGAAGGCGGACAGUGAAAAAGAGUGCCGGGACCAGUGCAACGGCGAAAACUACGACACCUGCGCGGGAUACGAGUACAACGAGGCGGAUCAAUCUUGCAAGCUGUUCACCGACGGCUACACCCCGGGGCGGGUGUACGAGGAGAAGGAGCCCGUGGGCCUCGACACCACCGAGAUGGUCUGCGCCGCGCGCUUCCCGCCGCAGGACGACGAGGUGGACGAAGGCGAGGCCGACGAAGAGGUUGAUGAUGUAACGGGUGAAGUAGAUGACGAUGCGGCCCCUGCGACCGAAGGGGACAGUGAAGUCGAGGAGGAGGAGGAUGUUGCGGACGCAGAGGACGAGGACCCGGAGAAUGAAGGACAAGAAGAGGACGAAGCUGGUGCCGAGGAGAAUGCAGAGGACGAGGAAGAGCAAGAGGGCGACGAGGAGGAAGACGAGGAGGAGAUGCUGGAACAGAAUGAAGACAAAGACAGCGACGGUAUUCCCGGAGAGUCACAGCCCGAAAUCGGUGGAGUCAAAGAAGGUUCGGAGCCGUCCACCUCUGACGCGGAGGCCAACGAUGCCGCUGAGGCUCAGCAGGAGCAGGAGAUGGAGGCGAAGGAAGGCGACGUUCUCACGCAGCGAAAGAAACUCGCGGUGAGGUAAAGUGACUGUGCUGAAGAUGUUUUGUAGAUUAUACUCAACAGGCCCACAACACUAGCACUAUGCAUCGAUCUUUUUUCAAAAAGGAUAAUAAAGUUGUAUAGCCAGGAUCCACCAGCAGGCUGUAUUCAUCGUCAGAGGAACGUCGCAAGCCAAAAUGUCACUUCUAUGGAAGGACCAACUUGCACUUUGUAGAGAACAUCAAAGACAACGUAGUAGACAAAGGGAAAGGGGCCGUACUAUUCGUAAAUGGAAUAAAAGAUGAUUGCAAAGGAAAAAGCUUUUUUUAACGAAGAUUUUGAAACAAAAUCCAUAGACGUACGAGUUGCUCUCGAUCGUACCAAGUAUCUCCAGUACGAGUAGAGCAAAUAGAAAUAAACAGUUUCAACAAGUCAUGAAAAUUGUCCAAGACAAUGUUGCAUAAUAGUGAAUGCGAAUGCAUUUUUAGGAUUUGCCGAAAAAACGUUAGACUUAGGUCGGAAAAGAAAAAAUCAAUGUACAGAUGCACAGAGGACGAGGGUCUUCCAGACGACAUGGAUUUCGAUCAG